AUGUCGGGCAAGUUAUUUCAUUUGCUGGGCGAGCCUAACUCGUCCGCUCAGUAUGUCGAGGUGGACUCGAGCUUAGAUUUUGAGAGCCUGCAGCAUCUCGUUGCGGGUCAAUUCGCCAUUGUUGAGCCGAAUGGAAUCGGCUUUCAAUCCUCGGACUCAACACUGACCAGCGUCACCGAGAUCCUGGCCAAUGAGGACCCUAUCGCAAUCAGCAUCGAUGGAAAAGCCGUCCGCGAGAUCCCCGGACCCAAGGGCCUCCCUUUCGUCGGCAACUUCUUCGAGAUCUACCCCGACCACCUGGGCAACCACCAGCGCCUCUUCGACCAGUACGGCCCCAUCUUCCAAACAACCAACAUGGGCCGCACAAUCUACCAUACCAACGACCCCACCCUCUCCGCCAUCGUCUUCUCCGAAUCAGACUUUUUCACGAAGAAGAUCAACGAGGCGCACCCUCUGCACCCGAUCAAGAACCAGGAAGCCGGUGUGUUCCUCGGUGACACCGAUACACCGGAAUGGCGCGCUGCACACAAGUUCCUUCCCCCUGCACUAGGUCCCAAGGCGGUGCGACACUACGCGCCGACGAUGCAGGAGACUGUCGAGGACGCAUUUAAUGUUUUCGACGAGUUGGACGAGCAGGACGAGGCCUGGAACGUCUAUCAGUAUAUGUUGAAGCUGGGUUCGCAGGCUGUUGGAAAGUUGGUUCUUGGAAUUGACUUUAAGCACUUCACUUCCCCGAAUGCCCCGCCCCACGAACUGGUCUAUCGCAUUGCUGAAUCCUUGACAUUGAAUAAGAAGGUUGCGGCGUGGGGUGACUGGUAUGCGAAGAUGCCGUUUGGUGAUCCGGCGAAGCUGCGUAAUGCUCGAUGGCGCAUUAUCGAGAUGGUCAAUGAGUCAAUCGCCAACGCAUCAAGUGGUGGUGUAGAGGAUCUUCCUUUGCAAGACGCUGCCCUGAAGGCAACGAACAUGGUCGAUUACGCCAUCCGCGCCACAGACAACAAAGGCGAAAAACUCCCCAAAACAAGCCUAAUGCAAGCCCUCGUCGUCGCCACCGGCGCCGGCUUCACAACAACCUCCUCCCUCCUCUCCUGGCUCAUCUACUCCCUGGUCACCUACCCGGGAAUGCAAGAACGUCUCCUUCAAGAACUAAUCGACAACGACAUCACCGCGGACACCCUCAUCACAGCCGACAUCACCGACAAACUCACCUUCAUGGACCGCUUCAUCAAAGAGACCCAACGCCGCCACAACCCCUCCUACCAACCCGCACGCACCGCAAAGGUCUCCAUGAUCCUGCCGGGUGGGUACAAGCUACCGGCCGACUCCGUCGUGAUCCCCGCCCUUCACCACAUCCACAACAACCCGAACGUCUGGGACAACCCUGCCCGCUUCGACCCAGACCGCUGGGAGACAGACGAGGUGAAGAAUCGUCACAAGGCAGCUUAUAUUCCCUUCGCCGCAGGACCACGCAUGUGCAUCGGGUUCAACUUUGCCCUGCAGGAGGUGAAGGUUUUCCUGCCAAAGUUGCUGUAUAGGUAUAAGUUUACGCAGGAGGAGAGUGGGACCGUCGAGUAUGACCCGAUGUUCCAGUUGAUCAGGCCGAAUAAUUUGUAUGUGCGGGCCGAGAGACGGGUGAAGUGGCCGCCCAAGUCGGAGUAA